AUGUCUAAUCAAUGGUUUACUGGAAUUUCGAGGGCAACAGGGGAGACUAUUCCCGAGGUGGUGCCACCAAAUGAGAAUAAAAAUGUAACCAGCGGUUACAAUGUCAUCGCCGAGGGUAGUGCCAAUAACGAAGACGGCGCUUCUUGUCAGCUUUCCUUUGAUUAUGAUGGUGAGAUUGUAAUGUGCAUUGAACUAUCUGGAGGCAAAAUGGGGUGUUCUGUUUUGGACUACCAUACUAAGAUAUUAAGAGUGUUUAACCAGGACUAUGUUGUAAACAGGUCUACAAUUGCGUCCCAUGAUCUCAUCGAUGAGGUUAAUAAGUCUGCAAACGAUAUUAGCCUGAUCUCAGGACUCUUGAUAAUGGAAACGAACCCAACUAUAUGUUUGGUCUCGGUAAGGUUGGAGGACUGGAUUUUUGAUUACAUUAAGACGAAAUGUGACGAGGUGAACUGUAGGUUAGAACUGCAACCAAUUAAACGUUUCAAGGAAUCGAAUCUUUUGCAGUCAUUGCAAUUGAAGGGGCAUGAUAAUUUGAUUAUACUAAACGACUUACUGUCAAAUAGUAGAUUCACCACUACAGUCACUGUAAGCACGGUGACAUGUAUCCUUUCCAAUCAUGAGCAACAACAUACGGAACUGGAUGAAUGUAAUGCGAGCACCGUCUCUACCAACAUGAUUGCCGGACGAUCGAUAAGAAGCGGAUUUGAAGAUGUAAUAUGCGACCUAAAGUAUAUCGAUAUAAAAGAUCGAAUGGUAUUGGAUGAGAAUAGUUUAUCGGCUUUGAAUGUGUUUCCUACAGCACAUAAAUUAGGACAUGAUAGCAUGAUGGAAAAUGGUGCCCUUAGCCUAUUCGAACUGUUUAAUAAAGUAUCUUCGGAUUAUGCUAAGAAAAUGUUAAAGUCUUGGCUUUUCAACCCGUUAACUAGCAAGAAGCAAAUAGAGAAAAGGUACAGCAUUAUUAGGAUAUUAUUGGAUACACAAAACACCAUGAUUUUUAAUGAUCUCAUCCAAUCAAUAAAGAGAUGUCCCGAUGCUUUCGGUUUUAUGAAUCAGCUGAGAAGCGGUAAAUCAACAUUAGGAACUUGGUCUAAAAUUAAAAAUUUUUUAGAGAAAGGAAUUGCCAUAUUUAAGCUGUUAUCUUCUUUAAAAUUAAAUUCCGACGACAGAAAUAUCUUUCAUGACAUCAAGAAUAACAUCGACGUUCUAGAACUAAAAAAAUGCCUAAGGAAAAUAGAAACUGUAAUAGAUUUUGAUACUUCAAAGGAUACCAAAACAAUCACAAUAAAUACAGGGGUUGACAAAAGAUUGGAUGAAUGUAGAAACAUUUAUAAUCAUCUGGAAAUCCUUCUGCUAGAUGUUGCAAGAGAGGCACAAACAUUUUUACUCAAUUCUUUGCCCCAAACAGAUCCCAAGAUAACAAAAAAUUUAGAUAAAUUGAUCAAUGCUGUAUACAUCCCUCAACUAGGAUAUUUAGUCACGGUAAGUGCCUUUAUGGAAUAUACCCUCAAAAAUAUACCAGAUCUUGGAUGGGAAGAGAUUUUCAGAAGCCCAGAAUGUGUUUACUUUAAGAAUGAUAGAGUUCUAGAACUCGACGAAACAUACGGUGAUAUAUAUGGAGCAAUUUCUGACUUUGAAAUUGAAAUUGUAUUCUCUCUGCAAGAGCAAAUCUUAGAAAAGAGGACGCAAUUUUCUACAUAUAGUGUACUUCUCAGUGAGCUGGAAAUUCUAAUAUCAUUUUCCCAAGUGUGUAUGGAAAGGAAUUAUGUAGAGCCUCAGUUAGUGGAAGAUACUUGCGUCUUAGAAAUUAUUAAUGGAAGACAUGCGUUAUACGAAACAUUUCUCAAUAAUUAUAUUCCUAAUAGCACAAUAGUUGACGGUGGCUUGUUUUCGGAUCUCAGCUGGUGUAAAAACGAUAAAGAAAGAAUCAUUAUCAUAACUGGAGCCAAUGCGUCUGGGAAGUCAGUAUAUCUUACUCAAACUGGUUUGAUUGUCUAUCUGGCACAGAUCGGUUGUUUCGUUCCAGCGGAAAGAGCAAAAAUUGGAAUUGUAGAUAAAAUAUUAACCAGAAUUAGAACCCAGGAGACAAUAUACAAGACUCAAAGCUCUUUUGCACUAGAUUCCCAGCAAAUGGCAAAAUCAUUGAGUUUAGCCACUGAGAAAAGCUUACUUUUAAUUGAUGAAUACGGUAAAGGCACUGAUAUUUUAGACGGUCCUUCACUAUUCGGCUCAAUCAUGGUAAACAUGUCUAAGAAUGAAAAAUGUCCGCGCAUUCUUGCAUGUACACACUUCCAUGAACUCUUUAACGAGAAUAUUCUCUCAGAACACAUACCUGGUAUCAAACAUUAUUGUACGGAUAUACUUAUAAACCAGAAUUACAACCUCUCGAGUACGAAGCCAGUUAAAGAAACCCGUGAAAAUGAGGGAAUUACAUUUCUGUUUAGAAUAAAGGAGGGAAUUUCAAAGCAGUCAUUUGGUAUAUACUGUGCCAAAAUAUGCGGAGUAAAUGGAGAUAUAGUAAAGAGAGCUGAAGAGUUUUCUGAAAUGAUCAAUAGAGGCGAUGAUAUAGUUCAAAAUUGUGGAAAACUGACGGAAAAAGAGAUAUUGGAGUUUCAAAAGAAUCAAGAAAUAGUGAAGAAUUUUUUAUCUUGGGACUUGGAUCUCGAAACUUCUACAACUUCCGAAAAUCUUAGACUCAAACUAAGGAACAUCUUUCAUUAA